GUGACGUAUGCGGGGCAGCUGGAGCAUGCCGAUCGCAACCGCCAUGUGUCUGGCGUCAAGCGAAAGUCACCGCCUCUCAUCCACGCAGCAUCUCGCCCGUCCAGCUGGCGCGAGCGCAUUGGAGCACUGAUGAGGCGCAUGGCGCACAGCAUAGGCAGCCGCAGCAACAACAUGAAGGAGGAGGCAGACGUGCUGGACACCUAUAGCAUGUGCCAUUGCACCAGCAACAACAUGCGGGAGGAGGAGGCACCUACAGCAUGUGCCAAUAUUUCGGGGCACAUGGUCAGAGGGCGAACCUGGAUGGGCACGCGCGCAACAAGACGGGCCAAGGUGGGAGCACGGGCACGCGCGAGGGUGAGUCUGCAGCAGCAGCAGCAGGACAGAGAGGGAGGGGGAAGGGAGCAUCGGGAGGAGAGGCAGGAGGGGAUGGGGGAGGAGGAGGAGGAGGAGGAGGAGGAGGAGGAGGAGGAGGAGGAGGAGGAGGAGGAGGAGGAGGAGGAGGAGGAGGAGGAGGUGGUGGUGAUGACAAUGGUGUCACGCGAGGAGCGCGGCUUCGUGACUGAGAAAUUCUUCCAUGCGUUAGAAGCAGGUACAGUGCCGGUGUACUAUGGGGCGCCGGACAUAGACAGCUUUGCCCCUCCAGAUUCGUUCCUGAACGCCGAUUCAAUGCAUCGGGACGAACUGCGGCACACCAUAGUGGCGGCUGCCGAGGACCCCGUCAAAUACGCCAACUUCCACGCCUGGCGCAGUGCUCUCCCCUCCUUCCCCGCCGUCCGCGCGCCCUUCCCCCACCGCCCGCAGGUCAACGAGGCCGCCAAGCGCGUAUCCAAGCCCCCGCGCUCCUCCGCGCCGCUCUCCCCCUCCGCGGCCGCCACCCCCGUCGCGUCCUCUUCCCCCUCCUCCUCCCCCUCGUCCGCGUCCCUCGCGGUCUCCGCGCUCGACCGCGCGCCCUCCUUCCUCCCCGAGCCCGCCGUGUGGCGCCUCCACGCCAUUGCGCGCGUGGCUGCACGCGCGGGGCUCUCCCCCUCGCUCAGGCGGAACUACCGCACCGUGCGCAAGGCGGUGCUAGAGGAAUCCCUGAAGCAGCUGGCAGCAGGGCGGUUUGACCCUCGGCUGGUGCCGACGCUCGAGUGGGAGGAGCCAGCUGGCAACGCGUAUAGACCUGCGGUGCUAGAGGAAUCCCUGAAGCAGCUGGCAGCGGGUCGCUUCGACCCUCGGCUGGUGCCGACACUCGACUGGGAUGAGCUGGCAGCGCGGGUGGACCUGUGGAAGGCGUAUGCGCGAAGGGGCGUGCGCGUGCUGCUCGCCGCUGAGAGGAAGCUCUGUGAACGGGUCUUUGACACCGUCGAGGUGGGUUGGAUGGGUGGAGGUGGGUUGGAUGCGGUGGAGGUGGACAGCGAGCAGUGCUUUGCGGAGACGGCAAAGGGCAGCAUGGGGCGGCUGUUUGACUUCGUGGAGGCCUUUGCGGCGGGGCACAAGGCGCCUGAGCGCCUCUUCGCCAUGCUCGACAUCUACGAGACGCUGCAGGAGCUGCAGCCGGAUUUCAACGCGGUUGUGUGCGGCAACGGCGCGUGCCGGAGCGUGCGAAACGAGCUAUCGGUCGUGCUGAGCUACGUGGGCGUGGCAGUGAGAGGCAUUCUCGCUGACUUCGAGCGAAACAUAGAGCAGGAGGACAGCCGGCCCCCUCCCGCCGGCUCCGUGCACGGGCUCACCAGCUACGUUGUCAACUACCUGGGCUUGCUCUUUGAAUACAGUGACACUAUUAAUAAGCUGUAUAGCAGCAGUGGGAACGCGGUGGGUGGUGCCGGUGCCGAAGCUGCUUCGGCUGAGGUGAAGGGGUGUGAGCUGCGCAUGCUGGUGGGGGACGACUGGAUCAGGGACCGGGCAGACACAGUGCAGCAGCAGGCAAGCGACCACAUCAGGGUGGCCUGUGUAUUCCUAAAGUCAGACGUCUCUCUUUCAUCCUCUCCUCUCCUCCUGUACUGCGCAGGUGAAGGGGUGAAAGGCUGUGAGCUGCGCAUGCUGGUGGGGGACGACUGGAUCAGGGACCGGGCAGACACGGCACAGCAGCAGGCGAACGAGUACCUGAAAGUGGCGUGGAACCGCGUGGUGGCACCGCUCAGAGAGGUUCCCACCACCUCCUUCCUCAACCCCAAGGGCUCCCUCAAGGUGAGUGCAGUAGCUGCUCAUUGUAAGGUGAGUGCAGGUGCUCAUUGUAAGGUGAGUGCAGGUGCUCAUUGUAAGGUGAGUGCAGCUGCUCAUUGUAAGGUGAGUGCAGGUGCUCAUUGUAAGGUGAGUGCAGGUGCUCAUUGUAAGGUGAGUGCAGUUGCUCGUUGUAAGGUGAGUGCAGGUGCUCAUUGUAAGGUGAGUGCAGGUGCUCAUUGUAAGGUGAGUGCAGGUGGUCAUUGUAAGGAGAGUGCAGGUGCUCAUUGUAAGGUGAGUGCAGGUGCUCAUUGUAAGGUGAGUGCAGCUGCUCGUUGUAAGGUGAGUGCAGGUGCUCAUUGUAAGGUGAGUGCAGGUGCUCAUUGUAAGGUGAGUGCAGCAGGUGCUCAUUGUAAGAUGGACGCCAUGGUGAGGGCGAUUGACUUCUGCCCCGUGAAGCAGAUCUACUUCCCCUUCUCCCCUCACCUCUUCAACCGCACCUUCCCUGCAGCUUCCCCAGACGACUGCCAAGGCCGGCUGCCUAGGAGUGAGGCCGCCUGGGGGGAAGCAGAAGGUGACGAAGGGGGUGGUGGAGGAGGAGGAGAGGGACCGGAGGAAGGGAAGGAGUGGGUUGGCAAUUGCAGUGGACAGGUGGAUCAGUUUGGAAGGUUCAGGGACCCUCGGAUAAUAUCUCUCAAGCACCACUGGUGGUGGGCGAUGAACGCGGUGUGGGGGGGCGUGGCGGAGACGCGGGGGUAUGGAGGGCACGUGGUGUGGGUGGAGGAGGACCAUAUGCUCUUCCCCAACGCCCUGCGCCACCUGCAAGUGCUCCUCCACGCCAAGCACGCGAACUGCCCCCACUGCAUCGCCGCCAACCUCGCGCCCUCCGAUGUGCAUGAGUGGCAGGACAAGCUGGCAGAAUCUGAUGACGUGGCGAUAGAAGAUGGCACGUGGCUCGUUUCUAGUAGACGCGAACCUGCCGGGGCCCUCAACCAGGAGCUGUUCCGAAGUGGAUUCGCGGCGCUGAACGCCGCAUCUCGCGGAGGUUCAACGAUCCGCGCCGCGACGGAAGACCACAAUCGCGCCGACUUGGAAAUGGAGAAAAAUCUGAAGUCCAUGCGGGAUGAGGUGGAGCACAUGGAUUUGAAGACGGAGGAGAAUUACGAUCGCGCGGGAGCUAGACUGCUCGACCUUUUUAACGGAAGGAAGGAACGCGAAGCCCAAUCGUUCUUCGACAUGUGGCGUCGCAUGAACCCGCACGAGCCGUGGCCGCCUUCCUCGCCGCUCUCUCGGCGGCUCGAGGAGUGGAAUCGCCAGCCGGCGAGAGCGCCUUUGACGGCGGGAAACGCGGAGAAGAGCGGCGGCGGGAUGGGGCUGCUGGCGAAGCUACGCGCACAAGUGCGGCGAAGCGCGAAGGGGAAACGGGCUAGCAGUAGCAUUGCUAUUACUGGCAGCAGUAGUGAUAGCAACACUAAUGUUACUGGAACGCGAGGUCCGUGGAAGAAGCGGUUAAGCGACUCAGAUGUGGUGAUGGUGCUGCUGGUGCACAACCGCCCCGCGUACCUGCGACGCACGCUGGAGGCGCUGAGCAAAGUGGAAGGCAUCGAAGACACGCUGCUCAUCGUCAGCCACGACGGGUACUACCCCGAGAUGCACGCGCUGGUGCGCGGAAUCACGUUCUGCGCGGUCAAGCAGCUCUACUUCCCGCUCUCCCCGCACCUCUUCAACGCCUCCUUCCCCGCCGCCUCCCCCGCCGACUGCCGGGGGAGAGCGCAAGGCGCCUCAGGGGUGCGCGGGGAGGGCGCGCGAGGGGGGGAGUGCACGGGUCAGGCAGACCAAUACGGGUCGUUCAGAGACCCGGGGAGGCUGUCUCUUAAGCACCACUGGUGGUGGGCGAUGAACGCGGUGUGGGGGGGCGUGGAGGAGACGCGGGGGUAUGGAGGGCACGUGGUGUGGGUGGAGGAGGACCAUCUGCUCUUCCCCAACGCCCUGCGCCACCUGCAAGCGCUCCUCCUAGCCAAGCACGCGCGCUGCCCCCACUGCAUCGCCGCCAACCUCGCCCCCUCCGAUGUGCACUCGAUACAGGACGACGAGCCAGGGGAGCUGGCAGCGGAGCGCAUGGGCAAUGUGGGGUAUGCGUUUAACCGCAGCGUGUGGGAGCUCAUUCACGCACAGGCCAAGCCGUUCUGCCUGUACGACGACUACAACUGGGACCUGACCCUCUGGUCCUCCGUGCUGCGCCGCCUGCCCUCCUCCUGGUCGCUGCGCUGGUCCCGCGCCAGCGCGCACCACGUGGGGUCCUGCGGGCUGCACUCCGGGCAGGGGGACUCGCAGGGCAAGAGUAACACUAGUGCAGCUGCUGCUGUGACGGGGAGUGGUGGGGGAGGGAGCGAGACGGAUGGGAAGGAGGGGAAGGAGGGGAAGAGUGUGGGGUGUAGUACAGGAGAGGAAGGGAUAGAGAAGGUGCAGUUGUUGGAUGAGGACCAUUGGAUGAUGGUGAAUGCCUCGGCUCCCAUUGUGGAACGAGAGGAGGAGAAGUGGUGGAUGAUGUUCCAGGGAUGGGGGGGAUGGGGAGAUGGAAGGGACAUCCAGCUGUGCAUGCACAUAGCACACAUUCGGGCGCAUGGUGCACGACCCCGUGGGAUUGCUACAACCUCAGCUCGUCGCUGUGGGGCAGCUCAACUGAUGUGCUGCUCAUGCCCGAUUUUCUUCCUGUAUCACCUCCCACGUAUCCUCCCCUCUCUGUGUUCCCUGCUGCCACCCCCCAUCUCCCCACCGCUUCCCCCUGGUCCCCGCUUCCCCACAACCUGCCCCCUCUCCCUCCCUGUCCCCCGCUCUGUGCAGUCGGGAGCGUGGUGCACGUCCCCCUGGGACUGCUACAACCGCAGCUCGUCGCUGUGGGGCAGCUCCAAGCACUUCCCUGACGUGCUGCCCACACCCGGCAUUCUCAGCGCCCAGGGCGAUGUCAACCCGGACCUGUACGACUGGAAUCUGGUCAUCUUCCCUUACUGCGAUGGGGCGUCCUUCUCUGGUGACAGGCAGGACCCUCUGGUCUUUGAGGGAGUGCCGCUCUUCUCUCGCGGGCGGCCCAUCCUCGACUUCCUCCUCGCACACCUCACAGCAAGAUUCCACAUGGGCACUGCACAGCGGGUGCUUAUAUCGGGGUGUUCAGCGGGCGCCCUGGUGGUGUACCUACACUGCGACUACAUCCGCCACGCUCACAUGCCCCCCUCUGCAUCCGUGCAGUGCCUUGCAGACUCGGGCCUCUUCCUUGACAUUCCAGACAUCAGUGGCAGCAGGGCGGCUCAGACGCUCUUCCGAUCCGUGCUCACCAUCCAUAAUGUGACUGGAAGUCUUCCCGCUUCCUGCGUCUCCUCUCGUCCACCUGAAGACCACUAUCAGUGUUUCAUGUCAGCACAGCUACUGCCCCUCCUCAAGACGCCCACGUUCAUCAUCAACAGCAACUACGACCUCUGGCUCUUGCGGCAUGCGCUCGCCCCACCAGAGGCAGACCCGUCAGGUGAACUCAUCGCCAGCUGCUUGAGGAAGCUGCACACAUGCAACCAAUCACAGCUCGCCACCUUGCAAGGCGUGCGGGACACAGUCACAGCAACUGUGGCACCCCUCCUGCCACCCGCGGCAGCCGGCGGGGGAGGGGAGCAGUUGGGUGUGCAGCAGCAGCACGGGGUGUUUCUGUUCUCGUGCCUGACCCACUGCACGAGCCACUACGAGGACCACUGGCUGCGACUCACCGUGCUCAACCAGACGCUGAUGCAUGCUGUGGGCAAGUGGCUGCGAACUGUGGACGCUACCACAGAUGCACAGAGCACCAGCAGCACGCACGGUGGCGUAGAUGGGUUUGAGGCGGCGCUGAUAGACUGCCCGUACCCGUGCAACUCGUGCAACGUGCGGAGGGGCCCAGAGCAAGGGCAGGCAGGGGUAGCACAAAAGCAGGUGGAAGCAAGUCAAGGGCAGGAGGGGCCCAGGCAAGGGCAGGCAGGGGUAGCACAAAAGCAGGCUGUUCAAGGGCAAGCAUUUCAAGCGCAGGUCAACACAGGUGGUGCUCAGGGGCAGGUCAAGACAGAUGCCCCACAAGGGCAGGUGGGAGCACAGGCAGGGCAGGUGCAGGUGACAGAGGUGGUGCAGAGGGAUGGGGGUGUGCAGGUGAAGACAGCGCAGGCUGGACUGGUGAAGCCAGAAACAGGUGGAGUUCAAACUACUGUGUGA